UAAAACAAAUUUUGUGUUUAGCUUCGAAAUUGUUAUUCAUAAACAAUUCAUAUUUUAUUUUGAAAUUAUUAUUCCUUACCCCAUCAACGAUGCUGGACAAAUGUCUUUCUCUUUUAGUCAACUAGAGUGAUAAUGAAACUAGUGGAUCAUUGCAUCAGAUGUCAUAACAAACUACUACUAUACUAUAUACUACUUUCUAUAAAUAAAAAGAACAUAAUGCUUCUGUAACAACAAAUGUCAUCUUCUUUUUUUCUCUUGACUUUUCUCUCAAACUCCGUGUGCUCAAAAAAUCUCACUACCCAUCACCAAAUCUUGAAAAAAAAUUUAUUGUGUAUUAUCUUUUUAUCAACUUCGAUUUUUGAAUAAUUCACAUCACUUCUGCUUCUAUAUAUCUUACUUUAAAAUGUUCAAUUUUCUCACAUUACUCUGCUUUACCAUAACCUUAUCAAAUCUUGCUUCAUCUCAACUUGAUGAAUUCAUUUUCACAAAAUUUAAUCAACCAAAUCAGAACAUAACCUUAAGUGGAGUAGCAAAAAUAAGCCAAAAUGGGUUUAUUCAAUUAACAAAUGACACAAGUAGACUAAUGGGACAUGCUUUUUACUCUUCACCUUUCCACUUCAAGCCUACUACUAAUGCCUCUACCUUCUCUUUCUCAACGUGUUUCGCGUUGGCCAUAGUCCCCGAGUAUCCAAAACUCGGUGGCCAUGGCCUAGCAUUCACAAUUUCUCCAUCAAAGGACUUUAGUACCGCUCUUCCGAGUCAGUACUUAGGUCUGCUCAAUGCUAGUGAUAUUGGUAACUUCUCUAACCAUAUUUUUGCUGUUGAAUUUGACACAGUACGUGAUUUUGAGUUUGGUGAUAUUGAUGAUAACCAUGUUGGUAUUAAUAUUAACAGCUUAGAGUCAAAUAAAUCAGCUGCAGCUGGAUAUUUUAUUAACGAUCAAAAUUCGAAACAAGAUUUGAAUCUUAAGAGUGGGAAAGUCAUUCUUGUUUGGGUAGAAUAUGAUUCUGUUACGAAGUUAGUUAAUGUAACUCUUUCACCUAAUUCUUUGAAACCAAAAAUUCCUCUGUUAUCUUAUAAAUUUGAUGUCUCUUCAAUUUUUGAAGAAAAUAUGUAUGUUGGGUUCUCUGCUUCUACUGGUUUGCUUGCUAGUUCACAUUACAUUUUGGGUUGGAGUUUUAAGUUAAAUGGAGAAGCAAAGUUACUUGAUUUGGAUUCAUUACCAUCACUUCCUGGAUCUAAGAAGAGCCACACAGGACUAAUUACCAUCAUCUCGAUUAUUGUGUUUGUGUUCGCGUUAUGUUCAAUCUUGAUUGCUUUUUAUAUAAUCCAGAGAUUCAAGAAUGCUGACGUGAUUGAGCCGUGGGAGGUUGAGAUUGGUCCUCAUAGAUAUUCGUAUCGUGAACUCAAGAAAGGUACUAGAGGUUUUAGGGAGAGUGAACUACUCGGGCGAGGUGGAUUUGGGAAAGUUUACAAGGGUGUUUUGAGAAAUUCAAAAGGAGACAUCGCUGUGAAACGGAUUUCUCAUGAAUCUAAACAAGGGUUGAGGGAAUUUGUGUCUGAGAUUGCAAGCAUUGGAAGACUUCGUCAUAGGAAUUUGGUUCAAUUGUUAGGAUGGUGUAGACGUCGUGGUGAUUUGUUGCUUGUGUAUGAGUUUAUGCCUAAUGGAAGUUUGGAUAACUUCUUGUUUGAUGAGCCAAAAAUGGUGUUGAAAUGGGAACAAAGGUUCAAGAUUAUCAAAGGGGUUGCUUCUGGUUUACUUUACUUACAUGAAGGCUAUGAACAAGUCGUGGUACAUCGAGAUGUUAAGGCUAGUAAUGUGUUACUAGAUGGUGAAUUAAAUGGUAAGUUAGGGGAUUUUGGACUUGCUAGAUUGUAUGAGCAUGGUUCUAAUCCGUCCACGACUAAAGUUGUAGGUACAUUAGGGUACCUUGCACCAGAAUUACCAAGAACAGGACGAGCCACUACAAAGACUGAUGUGUUUGCAUUUGGUGCUUUGUUACUCGAGGUGGUUUGUGGACGUAGGCCAAUUGAACACAAAGCAGGACCCGAGGAGUUUGUACUCGUGGAUUUGGUGUGGGAUAAAUGGAGAGAAGGUAACAUACUUGACAUUGUGGACUAAAGAUUGAAAGGCGAAUACAAUGUGAUUGAAGUUUUGAUGGUGUUAAAAUUGGGACUAAUGUGCUCAAAUAGCAAGCCAUUGGCGCGACCAAGCAUUAGGCAAGUUGUACGAUACUUGGAAGGUGAAAUCGGGAUGCCUGAGGCUCCAUCAACACAAGGUUCUGAUGAUCUUGAAGGAUUUGGAUUCGUUGAAAGUGAACGUUGGAAUUCUUUAGCAUCGACUAGUUUUAUGAUCAAGUCAAGUUCAUUUACAUGUUUGUCUAAUGGAGAUGAAAAUAGUACUAAUUAUGUUUCCUUUUCUACUUCACCAUUUCCACUUCUAUAUAGUGGUGAAUGCACCUAGAUAUUGAUUUGAACUACCAUUGCAAACUCUAAUGUACAUUGUUUUCUCGUUUUCUUUGUGUUACCUCUUUGUAGCAGUUCUAGUCUAUAAAGACUCCGAUUGCAUAAUCACGACUAAAAAACCACUGUUUUUCCAUUGAAAUAUUUCAAAAUAAAAUGUUCAGUAGC